CCAUCUUCUUCCCUCUCCGCUCAUCACUCCACAUCGCCAUCUCCCUCAAUAAAUCCCGAUCCCCCUCGGCCCCAAGGAAGAAGAAAAGAGCAGAAACCUGUCCUGGUGCGAGGUUCGUUCACAGAUCAGAGGAAGCAUGGCGUCGCUAAAAUUACACGGAAUGAUCGGCUCGACGAACACUGUCAGAGUGACGGCGGUCCUCAACGAGCUCGAUGUCGACUACGAGUUCAUCUCCGUCCCCCUCACCACCGGCGCCCACAAGAAGCCCGAAUAUCUCGCCAUCAACCCAUUCGGCGCCCUCCCGGCACUCGAAGACGGAGACCUAAAGCUCUUCGAGUCGCGUGCGAUUGCCAAGUAUCUCGCUAAUCAUUACAAAGGGUCUGGGCCGGAUCUGCUCAGAUCCGGAAACAAGGCGGAAUCGGCGAUGGUGGAGGUGUGGCUUGAAGUGGAAUCCCAGGUGUUUAAUCCUCCGGUCUCUUUGAUCGUCUUUAAUGUUCUUAUUAAGAAGCUGCUGUUCGGCGGGAGCGCGGAUGAAGACGUGGUGAAGGAGCAGGUGGCGAAACUCUCAAAUGUGCUUGAUGUUUACGAGAAGAGGCUUUCCCUGAGCAAGUAUCUUGCCGGCGAUGAGUUUACUCUGGCCGAUCUGAACCAUUUGCCUUACUUGUAUGCUCUUUCGAAGACGGGUUAUGCUGGGCUUCUGAGCUCGCGCCCCCAUGUGAAUGCCUGGUGGGAGGAUAUUUCUGCUCGGCCGGCGUGGAAGAAGGCGAUCGCCGGAUUUCCGUACUGAGUUUUACCGGCUUUGUGAUCGCCGGGGGUUGCAAGAGAAGAGGGCGCUAGAUGACUUUGUUUGAGUUAUGUGGUUUAGGUUGGAGGUGAAAUAAAUCGAGUAGUAUUAUGGACCCUCUUUUUCUUUUGUUUCCUUCUUUAGUUGAUAAAUAAUGGGGAGAAUGGAAUCCAAGUGGAAAUCUUUACCCUUAAAUUUAAUAAUGUAGCACUUCUUAUCACUUCUAAU